UUAUGUGUGUUUUUGUCUGCUGAAGCAGCUCAGCAGAGUAUGUGGAAAGUCGAACGCGCAGCCUUUCAAACUCCAUUUGACAAUCAACUUUGUCCAGUCUCUGAGCUAUUUCUCGCUAGAAGAUAUGACCGAUAGCAUGGUCAUUAUACUCGUUUAAACUAGAGUUGCAGAUAUCUCAUAAUCUUUCUUUUCUUUUUCGGCUGUGAAACAACGGCCCGGGCCAGUGUUGCCACCUUGUGGACUAACUAAUUAGAGCAAAAACAAUUCGAGGCGUGUGUGCGACUCUUCCCCCGCAGGCCGGAUGAAGAUGACUGGGGGGCCGGGUUAGGCCCCUGAGCCGCUAAUUGAAUAGCCCAUCCGAUAGUAUAUAACAUAGUUUGCUGAUGCAACCAUGUUAUUUUAAGAUUGUUUCUACAAGUCUUUCAGCUCUUUUAUCAUGGCUAGUGUUUCAUGGGACUUGUAUCCGAGCGCUCUGUGCUAGGCUGCACCAGGGAGCGAUAUGGUCCUAUGACUAGGCCACAGACAGAGAGAGGAGGAGAAGGAGAGAGGAACAGCAUCAGCAACGCACAGCCCAAGAGAGCAUCGAUUUGGAAAUGGACUAAAAUACUACUGGAUUAAAGACUCAUCUGUUCAAGUCCAAGUGUAGUCAUGCAGGAGAACCCAGGAUCUAUAGGUGUGGAUGGAGGAUACGCCAGCAAUGUACCUGCUUUCCUCACUAAACUCUGGACUCUUGUGGAGGACCCAGAGACCAAUCAUCUGAUUUGCUGGAGUACUACGGGCACCAGCUUCCAUGUUUUUGACCAGGGCAGGUUUGCCAAAGAUGUUCUGCCCAAAUACUUCAAACACAAUAACAUGGCAAGCUUUGUACGCCAGCUCAACAUGUACGGCUUCAGGAAGGUGGUGAAUAUUGAGCAGAGUGGGCUGGUGAAGCCCGAGCGAGAUGACACCGAGUUCCAGCACCUCUAUUUCCUCCAGGGUCACGAGCAUCUGCUUGAACACAUUAAGCGCAAGGUGUCAAUAGUGAAGAGCGAGGACACCAAAGUGAGGCAGGAGGACUUGAGUAAGUUGCUGUAUGAGGUGCAGGUGCUUCGGGGCCAACAAGAGAACAUGGAGAUGCAGAUGCAGGAUAUGAAACAGCAAAAUGACGUUCUGUGGAGGGAGGUGGUGUCUCUGAGGCAGAAUCACACACAGCAGCAGAAAGUCAUGAACAAGCUGAUUCAGUUCCUGUUUAGCCAGAUGCAGUCCAACACUCCCAGCACUGUGGGAAUGAAGAGAAAACUUCCUCUCAUGCUGGAUGAUGGCUGCUCCACCCCUCCUGCCUCAAAAUUCAACCAUAGCCACUCUGCGGAGUCCUUGCAAGAAUCUUUCUAUAUCCAGUCGCCAUCCACAGAAAGUGCAUCCUGCUCCACUAGCAAUGUGAUGACAGGAGGGCCAAUAAUCUCUGAUGUCACUGAAAUCUCACAGUCCAGCACAAUGGCUUUACAGGCAGAGGAAUCUAGAGAAAAGUGUCUAAUGCUGAUUAAGGAAGAGCCAGUGAGUCCUGGGGUGCAGGGACGAGGAGAGGGUGUACCACUUGGCUCCUGUGAGGUGUGCACUGAACCCCCCGUCCUCCCUGUUGCCAUGGUACAGUCCGUCCUAGAGGGCCGAGGAUCUAAUAUGGGAGAGAGAAGGGCCAAAAGACCCAUGCUGGAGAGAUCAGAGAUUCCUGAUGGUGUGGAGAAUGUUGACAUGAGCCUGGAGGAUUUACAGCUGCUUCUGAGGAGUCACCAGCAGAGCAUGGAAACCAGUGCCGCAGCAAUGGAUCCCUUCACAUUUAGUCUAUCUUUGAACGAGUGGAACUUCACAGAAAUGGACCCAACCCUGAAAUCAGAGCUGGCUAAUGCCCUCAUCCCUGCUGCUGUGUCCCAGUACAUGUUUCAGGGUCAGGAAGGGGAGGCGUUCACCGCCACUGGCUAUGAGGAGCAGUGAGGCCCUGAUAUGACAGCCAGCACAGAUCCCUCCUGAGAGCGAGCAGAGUGAUCCAUUUGAUGCCACUUGGAUUGUACAUUAUUCCAACAUCAGAAGAGAAGGCUCAACUUUAUCUGACUAGCAGAUGAGGAGGUUAUAAACAGUAUCAAGUAAACAUGCUGACCAGCCCUUUGUGAAGAUUCAUUUAAUUGGACAUUGGUGGAAGGUGCAUUUUUACAAAAACACUGGGAGCAAUUCAACUCUUUGGAGAUGGAAUAUUUACAGUAAUCUUUCUCAAAGCCUAUAAGGAGUUCAGGCUACAUCAAGGUCAUUCUGAAGAUAUUUUUAUCAUGAUAUAAUGCAUCCUAAGGAAACUUCUAUUACCAAGGAAAAGGCAAUAUUAAGCAUUUCCCUCCCUAAUGACUACAAUGCAGGUGAAAUGUAUGCAAUAUGACGUAAAUCACUGUGGCCUGAGUUUGAAUGCACUUUAGUCUGCAUGCUUUGUGGAGCUGUGAUUUCAUUUUUCCUAAAAUGUAACUGUAAAAAAAAUGAAUAUAUUUAGUUCAAAUUGAUAUCAUAAUGAAGCACACACUUGUAUUUCAAUAUAUAUUUAAAGACAUAUAAAAGUACUGGUUUAAUCAUAUUAUGUAUGUAUUAAUGUGAGAGGUCUAGGGGUUAAAAAUCAGACCUCGCAGAAAGAAAACUGAAAACGAUGCACUGCUUUUUGCACAAUUUAGUGUCUUUUUUGCAAUCAUAUUUUAGUAUCUGAAAUAUAUUUUUAAGACAUCAAGUAUCUUUGUUUCAAUUUAUCCUUUAGUUGAUCAACUAGCCUUUCAGAAUUUACAUCUGUCUUUGAUACGAUUAUGAUACAUUGUGUGAUAUUUGCCCUCAUUUGAUACAAAUGUAUUGACCACAGUGGUUAGAUGCAAAAGACAGAAUCAACGAUUCUUAAUGCCUUUUUAAAUUAGCACUAUACUUAUAUAAAAUGUAACAUCUAUAUUUUAAUUAUUUAUACAAUGCAUUCUAAUUUGAUGUUUUCAGCUGACUAUUUCAGCCCAAAAGCAAAAUUAGAGACUAUCUAACAAUGGCAGUGCCUUAGGCUUUAGGUAAGAAUGUGUUUAUUUUUCCUGCCAAACCUCAUAUAUAUGAUAUGAGGGCAAAUGAACACACAACAUGAGGCCAUAAUGCACUUUGUUAUUAGGGCAGCCGUGUAGCAAUGCAGAAAACCCUAGAUCUCUUACAAAUGUGUUGAAUUUUAAGUGCAAUACUGCUACAUUGAUUUGUAUGAUUUCUCAAGGAUGCAACAUCUGUGAUGAUUUAGAUGGGAACUAUGAUGGAAUAAAAUUAAUUGCACUAAGGGUGAUAACUGUAUUAGAAAAAGUGUUAGUUUAUACUUUUAUUUUUCCACUAUUCUCUACCAAAGAGCAAUAAUUAAAUGGUUUAUUUUGAGAAGAGUGCUUUUUCACAUAGCUUGCAAGUCUUUCAUUGUAUACUUAUUUUUAUUUCAUAAUGUAAUUAAUUGCACUGCAAAAAAAAAAAAAAAAAAAAAAAAAAAAAGACACCAAUGGAAACCAAUGUUUCAUAUUAUUUCUGGAUGUAGUCUGUUCCUGACUCCCACCAGCAUGUUAAAAUAGGCCCAUGUACACAUACAAAAAAGUAAAACAAUAAACCUAUUUUAAAAGC